ACAGUCCCUCAGCGUCUAUACCUACUCUAUUAAUUUCCACAGAACAUGAUUCAACUGAACAGUUAACUACUAAACACCUAAAUACAGAAAGAGCACCUACUGUACAUUUUCAAAGCAUUAUCUCAUCGUCAGCACCAACUACCACAGAACAUGCUUCAACUGAAAUGUUAACUACUGAACACUCAACUACAGAGAAAGUGACUACUGAUUACUUAACUACAAGUGCUUCUACUGCUAAUGUCCAAAACAUUUCCUUAAUGUUUUCACCGACUACAUUCAAUACCACAGUGCAUGUUUCAACUGAGGAGGCGACUACUAAACACCUUACUACUGAGAAUGUAACACAUCAAUCAACAACUGAGCCUGCAGACACAGAAAUGCAACACAGCAUUACACAAGCGACUACUGAACAUACUUCUGCCCUACAUAUAACCACAGUGGUUGAGACUGCUCCAUACAGUACUGCAGAGCCUGUCAGUAUCUCCACUGUUAUGCCAAAUGAAAACAGUCAAGGUGUAAGUCCAGACAACCUGAUAUUGAUCCGUGAGCACAUGACGUGGAACGAGGCCCUGAGCUACUGCAGAGAGCACCACGUUGACCUGGUCUCCAUCACUACAGAGCUGCUUCAGUACUGGGUGACAGAGAGGGCUGCCAACGCCACCUCAUCCCACGUCUGGGUCGGCCUGCGCUUCACCUGUGCAUUCCACUUCUGGUUCUGGAUCAGGUCUGAUGCAGGCUGCUACCAGAACUGGGCCCCCGGGCACGGCUCAGACAGCCAGCAGGACUGUGGGAUUGCAGGGGCUGUAGAGACCACCGGGAGGCAGCAAUGGGUUAGUCUGGAGGAGAACCAGAGGCUCAACUUCAUCUGCUACAAAUGUUCUGGGGACAGUGGUGAGGAGUUGAUACAUCCCUGAUUCGGCCGACUUUUGUAUUAUGUAUGUUUCUUGUGCAACGUGAAAAAUGUACACUACCGUUCAAAAGUUUGGGGUCACUUAGAAAUGUCCUUGUUUUUGAAAGAAAGCACAUUUUUGUCCAUUAAAAUAACAUCAAGUUGAUCAGAAAUAUAGUGUAGACAUUGUUAAUGUUGUAAAUGACUAUUGUAGCUGGAAACAGAAGAUUUUUUAUGGAAUAUCUACAUAGGCGUACAGAGGCCCAUUAUCAACAACCAUCACUCCUGUGUUCCAAUGGCACGUUGUGUUAGCUAAGAGGCGACUCUGGGAUGCCGGCCUUCUAGGCAGAGUUCCUCUCUCCAGUGUCUGUGUUCUUUUGCACAUUUAAAUUUGUUAUUUUUAUUGGCCAGUCUGAGAUAUGGCUUUUUCUUUGCAAUUCUGCCUAGAAGGCCAGUAUCCCAGAGUCACCUCUUCACUGUUGACGUUGAGACUGGUGUUUUGCGUGUACUAUUUAAUGAAGCUGCCAGUUAAGGGCUUGUGAGGCGUCUGUUUCUCAAACUAGACACUCUAAUGUACUUGUCCUCUUGCUCAGUUGUGCACCGGGGCCUCCCACUCCUCUUUUUAUUCUGGUUAGAGCCAGUUUGCGCUGUUCUGUGAAGGGAGUACACAGCAUUGUAUGAGAUCUUCAGUUUCUUGGCAAUUUCUCACCUGAAUAGCCUUAAUUUCUCAGAACAAGAAUAGACUGAUGAGAUUCAGAAGAAAGUUCUUUGUUUCUGUAAUCGAACCCACAAAUACUGAUGCCCCAGAUACUCAACUAGUCUAAAGAAGGCCAGUUUUAUUGCUUCUUUAAUCAGAACAACCGUUUUCAGCUGUGCUAACAUAAUUGCAAAAUUUAAAUUUGCCUUUUAAAAUUAUAGACUUGGAUUAGCGAACACAACGUGCCAU